AUGAAGGUUGAACCUAAAAAGAGAAAGAGAACAGCUAAGAGUUUGACAAAACUGAUUAAAAAAACGCGUCCAGGUAGAGUUAAAUGGAGAAAGCUUAAACACAAUGGUCCCAUGUUUCCACCAAAAUACAAGCCUUUGCCAAGAAAUGUCUCUUUCAAGUACAAUAACAAACGUUUCAAGUUGAAUAGGAAAGCUGAAGAAGUCGCCACACUCUACGCCAAGAUGCUUAAGGAGAAAUACGUGAAAAAUGUGACGUUCAACGAAAAUUUUAUGAGAGAUUGGAGAGAAACGAUGACUUCGAGAGAGCAAAAGAAAAUUACUUAUCUCGAAAAGUGCAAUUUCACGGAGAUUACGCAGCAUUUUGAGAAAGAAGCCGAAGCCAAGAAAAAAUGGAGCAAGGAGAAAAAGCAACGGGAGAAAAGAAAGCGGGAAAAGUUAGAGGAAAAAUACGCCUGGUGUAUGGUAGAUGGCAAGAAACAAAAGAUUGGGAACUACAAAGUCGAGCCACCAGGUUUAUUUAGAGGCCGAGGCAAUCACCCGAAAAUGGGAACUUUGAAAAAAAGAAUCACGCCAAACGAUGUUACCAUCAAUUUAUCAACGGGUUGCAAAGUACCGAAACCAAGUGUAGGUGGGAAAUGGAGGGAAGUGGUGCACAACAACACUGUCACGUGGUUGGCAUGUUGGUUUGACGACAUAUCCAACACUUAUAAGUAUGUAUUUCUUAGUCCAAGCUCUACAUUAAGAGAAGAAGGCGACAUUGCAAAGUUCGAAUUGUCGAGAGCUCUGCAUAAAUAUAGCAAUAAAAUUAAAAAGGAUUACAUGAAAGGUAUGAAAUCGGAUUGUCCCGUAUACAAGCAAACAUCAGUAGCUUUGUACUUUAUAGAUCGUUUGGCGUUAAGAGUUGGGAAUGAAAAAGGGAAGGAUCAAGUAGACACUAUUGGCUGUUGUUCGCUUAGAAAAGAACAUAUUAAUCUGAGAAAAAUGGGUCGUAAGUGUGUCGUAAGCUUUCAUUUUCUUUCUAAAGACUCUAUGGAGUAUAAAAAUACAGUCGAAGUCGAACCAUUAGUCUUUAAGGCCAUACAGGAGUUGCUAAAAGGCAAAGGUCCAAAGCACAAACUCUUUGAUGAAAUAACGCCGGCUUCACUGAACGAGCACUUGCACACGAUAAUGGAAGGAUUGUCCGCGAAAGUAUUUCGUACUUACAAUGCUUCUAAAGUGUUCGAAGAACAGCUGAAGGUGUUCACAAAAAAGAACAUGAACAUGAUUGAGAAAGUUAGAGCGUAUGAACAAGCGAAUAGGGAAGUUGCUGUACUUUGCAACCACCGAAGGAUGCCUCCCAAGAACUUCGAUAAACGAACAAAACAGCUGAAGAUGAAAAUAGGCGAGAGGCAAAAAAAGUUAAAGAAACUCAGGACCGAACUUGACGAUUUUAGAGACUUCAAGGAAGAAUUACCAAACGAGAAGUCGAAGAGAAAAGUGGCCGUGAAACAGCGAAUGAUAAAAGCUUGCGAAGAACAGUUGGAGAAGCUAAUUAAUACUAAGGAAAAACACUUACUGAAUAAACACAUUGCUCUGUCAACGUCGAAGUUAAAUUACUGCGAUCCUAGAAUUUCGGUAGCUUGGUGUAAAAAAUAUAAGGUUCACAUAGAUCGAAUUUUUACAAAAACUCAAAGAGCGAAAUUUGAGUGGGCGUUUCAGAUGACGAAAGCAAAUUUUAAAUAUCUACGAAAAGACUCAUAA